GAUGAAAACCGCAGUGAUAGGUUUUGAGGAAGACAGAAAGGACUGGAUUGCACACCUUUCACGUUGCGUUGUUGGAUGCACACCUGGAAUAUGUGCUUCUGGAGCCAGGCAAACUUCAGAGGCACCUAAACAUCUGGGUUCAACUGCUCUUCAGCUCAUAGGCUUUUCCGCACUACACUUCCAUUUUCUCUUAAUCCGCUCCUGUGGAUCCAAGGCUCUACACAAUGAGCGACGGCAAAGAGAAACCCCAGGGCAGCAAAAAAGGGCCCAAUGUCAAGCCUAAAAGUAAGGGCAGCUUCAACCUGGGAACUUCAGAGCGACGACAGAAGCCCGACAAGCCUCUUAGGAGAAGCCGCAGCAAUGAGGUGGAAAACCGGCGUCGUGAAGGUAGCCGGGGUAGAGAACGGGACCGGAAGGAGAGCGUAAAGCAACAACGGGGUCGGAGCGAGGAGGGAAGGAGGCGAGAUCUCGACCACGAGCCUGGACACUACAAGACGGAGCAACCCAGAGACGACCUGGAAGACACCGAGUGCAUUGUGUGCUUCUGCAGCUUCGACAACGUCUUCAAGACUCCCAAGUUACUUUCCUGCGGACACACGUUCUGCCUGGAAUGCCUGGCACGCAUCAACGUCAGUUCUCCCGAGCUCAAGAUGCUGAUUUGCCCCAUCUGUCGGGAGCUGACGGUAAUCCGACACGGCCGAGAUCUGCCUCACCUGGGAAAUAACGAAGACAUCUUCCGGAAACUUCCGGCCGACAUGCAAAGGGCGCUUUCCGUACGCUUUAAACGCAGCAAGGGCAAACUCAUCCUUAAGAAUCCAACACCAAACAGCUUUAUUAAGACCAGCUUAAACCUGCCGGUGUUAAAGAAGAAAGAGGAGCGGGCCGGUAAUAACCCACUUGGAGUCAUGGAGGAAGGUCUGGGCCAGGCGACUAUGAUCGACGUGGGAAGACCGCCCAGCAUGAUGAGGGGUCGCAUGAGAAGGUUAAUGUAUUCCAAUCAGUGCUAUUAUGCCGUACUUGGAGCCAUUAUCAUAAUCACCGUGGCUCUGAUGCUGGUCGGCAUCUUCACCUUUGUGGUGAUGCCCUUUAUGCAUAAACCAAUACAAGUCCCGAACACAACUUCUCCAAGCCCAUCACCUUAAGGGAUGAUGAAAACACACAGCACUCAAGAAGGAUGACGGGCAAAGCAAACAAGCUGGAUUCUUAUAGUGGAGCCCGUUGCAUUGAACACAACACUGCAUGUUUUGUAUGCGUUUGUGUAAGAAGCUUCAGACAGGGUCGAUUGGAAUGAACUGGAAAAACUUGAACAUAUCAUACACUGAAGGCUGUUGAGCAUGGACAUAUUUUACACAGACUGAGACAUUAUUAUGCAAAGGUCUGUAAGAACAAGAGGCAAUGGUGACGUCUAUCUGACCAGUGAUGAAUUUUCUAAACUAUGAAUCAAUUUAGGUUUUUUUUUCUAAAAGGGCUGGAUAAUAUUAAAUAAUAAUACUAUUGUACAAUAUUACUAUCCCCUUUGAUUUCAUGAAGAAUUCUGUUUUUUUUUAUGUACUGUAAGGUAUUUUGUAUCUAUAUGGUUUGUGGUAUUGGCGCGGAAAGACAAAAAUGUGACAACAAAUGUGACAAUGUGACAACCAAUGCAAAUAAUAUCAGUCUGAAAAUGUACAUGACAGCACAAAUGUUCUUUCUCAUGUUGGAAAGACAUUUAUUAGAAAUGUAUAAUUCUUUGAAUUAUACUGCACAUAAUGUAAAUAACACACUCUUAAUUUUAUAAUUAUAAUGUAUGUUCAUAGUUUUUUAUUCAUUUGCACAAAUGGGGAGAGACAAAAAAGUGGAAAAUAAUAAACGUUUUAGACCAUU